UUGAUCUUCAAUCUUUGGGGGACUCUGUGUGUGAGGAAAUUGAAGCUGAAAGAAUGAUUUUGUUUGGGAUUUUGGUACUUUUGAGUGCUGUUAGUGCGAAAAAUAAUGUGAUUUUGAUAAUUCUGGACGACAUGAGGUCAGCAAUUGGUGCUUAUGGUGAUCACAGAGCUUUAACACCCAACAUUGAUCAUCUCACCGAAGGAGGAUUCUACUUCAGCAAAGCUUAUGCUCAGCAAGCAGUUUGUGCUCCAAGUCGCAAUUCAAUGCUCACAAGUCGUCGCCCUGACACGCUGCACUUGUACGACUUCUACAGCUAUUGGAGAUCAUUUGCCGGAAAUUACACAACUUUGCCGCAAUAUCUGAAGUCUCACGGCUACUUUACAGCUUCCAUUGGGAAGGUCUUUCAUCCGGGCAUUACAUCGAACUUCACUGAUGACUACCCCUAUAGCUGGAGCAUUGAGAGCUUUCAUCCCCCUACAGAGGAAUUUAUGCACGCCAAAGUAUGCGAAGAUUUGGAUUCGGGGAAGCUCGUGCAGAAUCUUCUGUGUCCAGUGGAUGUUCUCAGUCAGCCUGGGCAUUCGCUGCCUGAUAUUCAAUCAGUUGUUAAAGCUGUGGAGAUGCUGAGGAACAUCACUCAGCCAUUCUUCCUGGCUGUGGGCUUACACAAACCUCACAUACCCUUCAGAAUUCCCCGAGAAUUCCUCAAUUACCAUCCAGUGUGGAAGUUUAGACGUCCCGAUGUGAGUUACAAGCCUCAUGAUCUGCCCAAUGUGGCGUGGAAUCCAUUUGUGGACGUUCGUGGACGCCAUGAUGUCCAACGUCUCAACGUUUCCUUCCCAUUUGGACCCAUUCCCAGGGAUUUUCGAGCACAAAUCCGCCGACAUUACUACGCAGCAGUUACCUACAUUGACACCCUCAUUGGUCAGCUCCUUGCAAAUGUCAACAUGAGUAAUACAGCAGUGAUCCUGACCGGAGAUCAUGGAUGGUCUCUUGGGGAACACGGAGAAUGGGCCAAGUACAGCAACUUCGAGGUAGCUCUGCGUGUCCCCCUAAUCAUCAACGUACCCUCCCUUAAACCCCAAGAAAAGAAUCGUAUUGAUCAACCAGUUGAACUGCUAGAUCUCUUCCCAACAAUUGUGGAUCUUCUUGAUCUUCCACCCCUUCAGAAAUGCUCAAGUUCUCAAAACUUCCAGGAUUUGUGCACCGAAGGGGACUCCCUGCUGCCUUAUUUGCAAAAUAGAUCAAAAAGAAACUCCAGGAAGAUGGCCUUCAGCCAAUAUCCUCGCCCGGGAGAUUAUCCAACAGCUCAGCCCAACAGCGAUAAACCCCAUUUGGAGGAAAUCAAAAUUAUGGGAUAUUCCGUGCGGAAUCAACGGUUUCGCUACACAAUUUGGAUUGAAUUCAAUCCUAAAACUUUCUCAAGAAAUUGGGAGAAAGUCUUCGGGGAGGAACUCUAUGAUCACAGUAUUGAUCCACAUGAGAAUAUUAAUCUCGCCUCAAGGAGUCCGCUCAAUGAAAUAAAAAUGCAUUUUAGGGAUAUUUUGAGGAAGAAAUUUAACUAAUUUUUUUAUAAAUUACUUUUAAUAAAUAAUUAAUUUCUAAUCUAUUUUAAGAGAGAAAUUACAUUUUUAAUAAUAAUAAUAAA